AUAUGUAACUUACGGUUGUAAAAAGGUUGACAACCACUGCGUUAGCCACAUUACAUACACCCUUAUGGUCUAAGCAUACACCAAUAGGAAGUUAACACGAACAUAGAUGUACACGCGUGUAUUGAACUUUCGGUAUCUAUUUCUUUGCAGAUUGAGCACUUUAUUAUUGUUUUAAAAAUGAAAGAAAAUUUAAUUUAUUUCUCAUGUGUAAUUUCAUUCAUGAUAGUUAUACUCUGGACAAGUUCUGUAAAAGCUAAAGGAACACAACAUGUGACGUGUGGUUCUACUUUAAAAUUAAUGAAUGUGGAUUAUAAAGUAAGAUUACAUUCUCAUGACAUAAAGUAUGGAAGUGGAAGUGGUCAACAAUCAGUAACAGGAACUUCAGCAAAAGAAGAUGGAAAUUCUUAUUGGCUUGUAAAAGCAGGAACAAAGAAACAGUGUACUAGAGGAACGCCAAUCAAAUGUGGAGAUAUUAUAAGACUAGAACAUAUAGCAACAAAAAAGAAUCUUCAUUCACAUCGUGUUAGUUCACCACUUAGUGGUAAACAAGAAAUAUCUGCUUAUGGUGACUACAAGGGAGAAGGUGACAAUGGUGACAAUUGGCUUUUAGUAUGUCAGAUUGAAUUUUGGAAGAGAGAUGAACCUGUUAUGUUAAAUCAUGUAGAUACGGAUACAUACUUAGCAGUAAGUGGAAGAGUUUAUGGUAAUCCUAUUAAUGGUCAGACUGAAGUAGUGGGUGAAUAUUCUGCUAGGUCUCCUCAUGUUGAAUGGGUAACAACAGAAGGAGUAUUUAUUCAUCCUAAUGACUUUAAAGCUCAACACCAUACACAUACAGAAUUAUAAAGCAAAUUCUUUAGUUAGAUACAAAAUUUUUUAUGGCAA